AUGGGACGGAAACCUCCUAAGGCUAAUACUGAGCUGGAGGCUAUGAUAAGAGAGAUAAUUAAGGCGCCACUUAAGCUUCAGCAACGAAUUCGGAUUCUGUGUCAUGUUGCCUUAAAGCAGAUUGAGUAUGAGAUGGUAUUAGGUAAAGCGCACCGCAACACCAUAAAGGCAGUGGAUGGGAUGGUUCGAGAAACCAUCCGGCGAUGGCUCCGACUAGCGAAGGACACCUUGAUGGCCUUCCCUUAUGUUAGCUCAGCGAAUGGAGGUAUGGGUGGGCCGCAGGUGGGGAUCACAGUACCCUUGGCGCAACGAGAGAAGUGUCGAAGGCUACUUACGUCUCCCGACGAGUGGAUUAAAAGCCUAGCCACGGAUGACGCAGUCCCAGUGGACAAACGGAUAGCUAGUCUACCUAUUAGAGUUGGAAACACCGACGUAGGUAACACAGCGGAGGCUGUCCAAGCUUGGAGAUCUCAGUACACGGAGACGCUAAGUCUCAAAGGAGUUCGUAUGGACCUAAUGGACAAGUCGAGUGCCCUAUGGGUUCGUCGUCCUGAGAGAUUCUUCCCUGUCUUUACAUCAGGGGCCUUAAGCCUAGGGCAGGAGUAUUACCAUCGAAAGUGGAUAGUACUAGAAGCGCGUCCCAUAAAGCUGGAGUUUCUCUCAAAUGCCGAGGGAUAUGUGGGUACCCGAAAUUAG